CCCCGCAUACGUUUUGCCUUGAAUAUUCACGCCUGCGAUAUACAGAGAGCCCUGAUAACUACAUAGGAAAGAAUACUGAUAUGUUGGGAUCGGGUGUGGCCUUACGUUCUACAUCACGAGAACUGGUACCUGAGCGUCACCUCAUCAGCGCCUUGAAGUUGCCCUGGACUUGUCUGUUUAUUGGCUACUCGUGGCAAAGGUAGACUAUGGACUGGCAUGAUGGUGCAGCAAGUAUUGCAUCCGUGGAUGGACAAGGUGCGACUUACUCUUUUCGACGACAGAGCGCUAUGGAUGCUACUAAUAGUGAAGAUUACGAGAGCCAUGUGUUCGAUCUUGGGCUUUCGCAAGAAGCUGGUAACAAGGAGGAGACUAUAGAUUCUACGCGAUUGAUGGAAGGAACACAAUUUAACAAGUCAAUGGUUCUAGCCACUGGUCGCGUCGAUUCACAGCAAUUUUACGCUCCCAGUGAUUCUCUGACAAGUAAUACGAACGACGGCAACCAAAAUUUCGGGGUCGGCUCUAUGUUUCAAUGGGACGUGGAUUCCGCCAACACCACAACUAAUAACAUCGCCAAUAACUUCAUAGAACCAUCGCCAAUUUCACCUGGACUUUUUUAUCCCAAUAUCGCCUUCGACUUCAACCCCGACCUCUUCGAUUCUGAGCAUAUGGUGAACCUCUAUCCAGACGCCGAUGAUGCCAUGCCCAAGUCAGCGUCUGCUGCAGGUGCCUCACGAAUGGGAGCGGCUGAUGAGGCAGCUAGGACUCAUACUGUCAAUGAAGUCACUAUAGAAAACUUGCCGCAAGUGGCUCCGGAGACGGCGCCGAGAAAGAUGACUCCGAAGGAUUUACCCACGCUGCGAGAUCAUACAGAUCUCACCAUUAAUCAGCUCGAGAUACCUCUCGAUGAGUGCAUCCCGUUCGAGACCGAUGAAUUUGGCGAGAAGAAGGUGAUGCCCAACGGUGCGCUUCUUGGCAACCGCAAAUACCGAUGUCGUACAUUCCUGGUCCUAAACCGUGGUGAUCAACUGUUCAUGCUGGCCACUGAAUGCGCACGAGUACUGGGAUACCGGGAUUCCUACCUUUUAUUUAACAAGAACAGGUCGCUAUACAAGAUAAUUGCGAGCCAGGCCGAGAAGGACGAUCUUGUCCAGCAGGAAAUCAUACCUUUCUCAUAUCGGUCGAGACAGAUUACCAUUGUUACUGCUCGCUCUAUAUUUCGACAAUUUGGAAGCCGCGUCAUCGAAAACGGCCGCCGCGUCCGAGACGAGUACUGGGAAACUAAGGCUCGCAAGCAGGGCUUCACCAAAGCUGAUACUGCCGACGAAACUGAUCUUGCCGAGGAGAAACGACCUGGGGGAGCCAGCUUUCUUAACUACGGUGCCGAUGCUGAACACGUGGAGACCUUUGCGUCGGCCACAGACUCUGGUUAUGCAUCACUGCCAAUUCAUGAGUACAAAGGAAAUGUUCAGAAGAUAGAAAGGAAUGGAAACCAGCAGUUCCACUCCAAUGCAUCCGACAUCAACUACACAAACCUCUUGGACAAUGAGAACCAAUGCCUGGAUGAUGCUAGCUCAAUAUACACAACAGGUCCUAAUAUCCCGCCAUCGAAAAAGGAUGCGUAUAUCUCCUCUCUUGCGGAUGAUCUGCGAAACAAGGUUUCAACUGAGAAAUUAGAUGAGAAAAGCGUAGACAGGAUCUGUAAGGCACUUCCUAGACAUCUCAAGACGUUUGCUAUGAGGGUGGGAUCGAGUGGUUCGGCGUUGAUUUGUCGCGAUGUGAUGGUCUUUGUGCGUAGGUACAGAAGUGAAAUUGCUAUUGCCAUGAGGAAUAGUUAUAUUAGGGAGAAUACUGUCCGUGCCGACGGUCUCGAAUACAAUACAGCUAUGAUGGAUUUGGGUGAUCUCAUCAGCAAUUGGGAUCUGAAUACAAACCUCUUGCAAGACCCCAAUAAUGCGCUCAACAAAAAACCAGAUGAUGUCAUGGACGACAGUCAUUAUCAUAAUCUUGAUGAAGCAGACGGGGCUACCGACUCUUUGCCAGAGCUUUCCGCUUACAGAGACUUCAUUUCGAAGCAUCCAGCGUAUGAAUGGCUUUUGCAGAGCAUACAGAGAGAGCUGUAUAUGGAUGUGUCCGGAAACGUACAGACUAAUAUCAGAGAAACAAUUUUAGGCUAUCUGCCCAAAGCCCACAGGGUCGGCAGAAGAGAAGCCCCCAAAAGAUAUAUUUUGACCUUUACUGUCGAUUGGGAUCUAGCCUUGUUUUUGAGAGAGCAAGAAUACAGAGAAAGCCCUGAGAGAGCAGUAGAGCGAGCUAUUACCAUUACUGGGUCGAAAUUUGAUGCUCAAGCGGCGACGACUCUACAAUAUCUUAGCCAAACAUGGUCGUCAUAUGGCGUUUGUCUUUUACGUAUUGUGAAGCAUGUGGUAUGCGAUACCCAUAACAUGGCAAUCUCUUACAACCUUCCUGAUGGAACUCAGCUGAAAUCGUGGCCUCGAGGGCCAGAGUUCAAACUUGAAGUCACUGGGGCAGCAGAAUCUAUAGCUGAGAUCGGAGAACAACUUGCUUGGCUUGGCUCAGCCCUUCGUCCAUCCCCCCAUGAAAGCGGCGCCGCUGUCGUCGGUGCUUUUGUGAGCGGCAUGGGGAUAAAUUCAGCUGAAGAACCGGCGCCAACAUACUUCUGCAACAUUAAUUUUGAGUUUGACAUGAUUGAUGACGCUGGCGAAAUAUCCAAUGGCCAAUGCUGGCACCAGCUGUUCCGAAAUCCAGUGAUUGUCAAGGGCUAUCCCAUCCCGCGGAGGCCAAUGUCUGACAUUGGGCUUGAAAUAAGUCUAGAUACUAUGGCUAACCUGGUGGGCACCCGUCAUAUAAAUACCUUUCACAACAAGAUAUUCAUCAAAGGAUUUUCGGCAAUGCUGAUACCAACGCGGUGUUCUGACAACAUCCUGCUUUGGCACUCGUUCUGCAAGAAGAAUGGAGAUCGCGUCUCAUAUCUUGAUGGGAGGGAUUUGCAUGCGGAAGACAUCAGCCUGCAUCGCUUGGAAACCAGUCGUCAUAUUCUUGGCUGGUCUUCAAGUGUAAAAUAUCUUGUUGGGUCCGCCGAUGCAAACUACAAUAUUUCUAGUUCCUGGUUCAGACGCCCUGAUGAGAAUUGUAAAUUGGAUGGCGUCUCCAUAUCAAAGGCCGCCAUCGGAAAGAGGGAGAAACCUCCAUGGGCUAUUCGUGAGCCUUACAGGAAAAGACUAAACCUCCUGUCCCAGAAGUACAUGGUGCUUUGGGACGUUGGAUGCAAACGUGGGUGGUUGGUGAACGGAGUAAAUGCAUUGCUCCAUCUUCUCCGCGCAUCUCUUGAGUUUAAUAAAACUAAUGACCCCCCAUCUGAAUUUUUAUUUAAAUCAGAUAUGUUUAAAGAAGCAGACAUCCCUUACACCGUCUCUGCGGCGAGGGAAGUCCUGAGAAAUCCUGCAAACCUUGAUAUGGAGCUCUACAAGGAAGACGAGCAGGAUGAAUCGGGAGCAAGGAUCAAAUUUCGGGUCCGUGAUCGCGUUAAUGAACUAUUUGAGGUCCUUGAAAAGGCCAUUGAUUACCAAAGAAUGAUAGCUGACAACAGAAAAGAGGAACCCAAAUCUGCUCCACGAAAAGACCUUGAAGGCUGGAAUUUUAAAGAUAUUGCAACAGAUAAAGAUCCUGUUUAUCUACGUCUCGCAAAGGUAAAGACAGCUGGUAAAGGAUGGGUGGAUUUUACCCGAGCUAUCGAAGCCGUGUUCCUAUUUGGCGGAGACUUUGGCAAUCUAAUGAACCCAAUUCCAGAGAAUUCCACAUGCAGCCACUGGGAGACUCUACCGCCCAACAAAUAUUACCUUGCUGCUAGUGCGAAGGAUCUAAACGAUAUUAUAGACAGCAUGGGGGGAAAUCUGAAAGCGAAUCCCCCACGAUUGACGGAUUCACUUGUCUGGCAUUCUGUCAACAUGACAUCAAAUAUUAGAUGUGACGGCAGCACUCAUGCAGAGACGCAUUGCGAGAGAGCUCAGGCUAUAUGGCCAUUACGUAUAAGCCAACCAUCCCCGAAAAUCACCACCUUAUCGCUGGAAGACGGUGGAGCCGUGGUAUUUGGUCAUAGUGAGAGCAUAGGAUGGAUAUGGAACGAUUUCGGAGACCCAGAAAAAGGAAAACUACCGUUCGAUGAAGAAUCAGACGAUGAUAACUCUGCAGACAGCGGGAUUGGCUCGAGUCUUCGGUCACCCACCAUCCCUGAGUCGCAAUAUGCUGGACAAAACAUUCAUUCUCUCAGGCACGAGCAUUAUAAGAUUGCAAUAAUUUGUGCCCUGCCUAAAGAAUUAAUGGCCAUCCGCGCCUUGUUCGAUGAAACUCAUCAAGACCUACCACAGCACGAGAGUGACACCAAUACCUAUGCUCUUGGUCGCUUGGGAAUUUAUAACGUGGUUGCUGCUUGCCUACCAUGCGGAGACUAUGGCACGAAUGCCGCUUCCAAAGUCGCCUCGGAUAUCGAGAAGAGCUUCCGUGCCGUGAAAUGGUAUUUUGUUGUUGGAAUUGGCGGAGGAAUACCUUCAGAUGAGCACGACAUUCGACUGGGUGAUGUUGUAGUUAGUACUGGCGUCAUUCAGCACGACAUGGGCAAAGUGAUGCAGAAGGACUCCAAGAUUCGGAGUACAGGAUUCCCGCAACGUCCUGCUAGAUCGUUGCUGACGGCUCUUAGUUCGGUGCAGUCUGACCCAAGCGUCACUCACGAUGCCCUGGAAGCACACAUCCAGCGUAUAGUAAGCUUGCGGCCUGAAUAUCAAAGCCCCGGAGAAGAUCGCGAUAGGCUAUUUCCAGUUAAUUCCAAGCACAAUUACAGACAAAAGACGUGCGAAAACUGCAAGGGUCCUCAUGUUCCCAAGAAGCCUCGGCCUCCAGGCCCGCAUAUUCAUUACGGCCUUAUUGCUUCUGGAAACCAGGUGAUCAAAGAUGCAGCGACUCGGGACCGCAUUGGUGCCGGAAUGAACGUUCUAUGCUUUGAGAUGGAGGGUGCUGGAGUUAUGGCAACUGGAAAUUGUUUGGUUAUUCGGGGAAUAUGCGAUUACGCAGACUCGCACAAGAAUGACGAGUGGCACAAGUAUGCGGCAGCCACUGCUGCUGCAUAUACCAAACUCGCGAGGUGGUUCAGAUACAGAAGCGAUCGGUCUCCAACUUAG